AUGCUUUUAAACUUGGGAGUUUGUUUUUCUUUGGAGCAGGUGUUAGAGGAUGAUAACAGUGUAGGAUACACCACUUUCAAAGAUUCUAAGGUAGUUUUUCUUACUAAAGGAAUCAUAUUUCUCAGGUUAAAAAAAGUGAAUGGAGUGCGAGUGGAGAAUUUGAAUCAUCUACGUAAGCUCAUAGAGGAAUCCUGCACCGAGAAUUUGAGGCUGGACUUAGAAGACGAUGAUACCAUCAUCAUCAUCAGUCACAAAUCUGCGAAAAAUGUCACUCCCAAAAUUUUAAAACGUUACGGAAUACCAAUGGCCAUGUCUAAGGACCUUCAAUCUUUGUAG